GGCGUCCUGGAGGAAAUGGGGGUGCGCAAUGGGGAGGGGUGUGCCCGGGAGCCGGGGGAGGUGGGGCAUACGCCGGGCCGGCCUCCCCUCCCUCCCCUCCCCACAUCUGCCUUCUCCAGGUCCAGGGGAGGGAGCGGGGGAGUGGAGGGAGGAGGGGGAGUGCGGUCCUGGGCGCCUGGGGCUCGGGGCGGGGGCGGCGGGAGCAGCUGCGCAGAGCGAGGAGGCGCCCGAGCCCGAGCGGAACGCGCGAUCGCUCCGCGCAGCUCCGCAGGACCAGCCUCGCUCGACCCGGUCCCUCCCAGCCUCUCACCCGCAGCCCCGGGCACCCUGACCCCGCAGCCUCAGGCCACCGGCCCCGGAGGGCCCCGCGGGUCUAGCCAGACCAUGGACAAUCCCCAGGAACUGCACCAGCCCUUACUCGGGCCACCACCCAAGGGGUCCCCCGUCAAGGAGUCCCCCGGCUCCCGGCCCCCGAGCAAAACUCCCGGGAAAAAGCAGAAGCGAGCCAAGAGCGAGAAGGCCAUAGAGAUGCUGCCUCUGCCCACCAUCAGCCUGGGCCUGUUUGAUACAAAGAGCCCUGAGCUGGAGGACUAUUGGGCCAAUGAAAGUGAGCUGGAAGCAAUGGGGCUCGGCCACUUCACCCCCCUGCUCUCCCGGGAUUACGUGGGCCUCGCCGUCUUCUCUAUCCUCUGCUGCUUCUGGCCUUUGGGCAUCGCAGCCUUCUCUCUUGCCCAGAAGACUAACAAGGCCUGGGCGGCCGGCGACGUCCAGGCAGCCGGGGAGUCUGCACGCCGGGCUUUCCUGCUGUCUGUCCUCGCCAUUGGUCUGGGGGUCUGCAUCUACACAGCAGCCCUGGUCACCCUGGCCACCUACCUGACCUCUGGGGAGACCCUCUAGAGGCUCGGACUGGCUCGUUCCCCCUUGGGCCCGCCGGGGUCUUGAGUCGUGACAGCAGCCAAGACCACAAGGAGUAACCCCUCCCUGCCUCCCUUCUGCCCCCACCUCCCUUUCCCUCCCCCUUCUCUGCCCCCCACUCCCUUUCCCCUGCCCCCUUCUCUGCCCCCCAGUUCUACCUCCCCGUCUCCCCACCCCCUCUCCAUCCCACCCCCCAGAGCCCAGGAAGAAACACGGGAUUAAACCUGGGAUUCAUGUGAA